AUGUUUUCUCUACUGAAAGGAACUCGUCUAAAUAUAGUGGUAAAGAAGGCUGCAGAAACGAACUGCCUUGUUCUUCUCUUUCUUGUUCUUUGUCUCACUUCCUCGUUCUCUCUCUCUCUCUCUCUCUCUCUCUCUUUCUCUCUCUUCCUUGUUCUCCUCUCUCUCUCUCUCUCUCUCUCUCUCUUCCUCGUUCUUUUUCUCCCUCGUUCUCUCUCUAUUCCUUGUUCCCACUCUCUUCCUCGUACUCUCUGUCUUUUCCUUGUUCUCUCUCUCUCUCUUCCUCGUUCUAUCUCUCUUUUUGUUCACUCUCUCUUCCUCGUUCUCUCACUCUUUGUCCUCUCACUUCCUUGCUCUCUCUCUCUCUUUCUCACUCUCUCUUCCUUGUUCUCCCUCUCACUUCCGCGUUCUAUCUCUCUUCCUUGUUCUCUCUAUCUCUCUCUUCCGCAUUCUUUCUCUUCCCCAUUCUCUCUCUCUCUUCCUUGUUCUCUCUCUCUUCCUCGUUCUCUCUCUUCCUCGUUCUCUCUCUCUUACUUCUCUCUCUCUCACUCUCUCUCUUUCAUUCUCUUCUUCUUCUUCCAUGUGCCGCCGUUCCACCAGGAUAUGUACGACCGUGCAUCUACAAAACUUCUUAGCUCUUUUUGGACCCUGAGCAGUUUUUCUACUCUUCCUCGGUAUCUACUCAAAAGCUUUCUUUCAUUUUUCAUGACAGUCUGUCAUAUUUCGUUUUACUCUUAG